UUUAUUUUAAUAUCCUCAUAUCUUUCUCUUUUGUUGGGUUGCAAGAUGAUGACCAUGACCUUGACUCUAUUCUUGAAAACAUGGCAAUCAAACUUACAGCUGAGGAACUUAAUGAUGUACCAGUUGCUUCACAUGCUUCAGAUGUACCAGUUGAUGGCAUGGAUCAUCAUAUCCUUGGACCAGACUUCACGAUUCAGGAGAUUAUUGAUGUCGAUAAAAUGGAUUCUCCUUUGCAAACUAUGGGGAUGAACCUUUCAGAAGAGGAAAUUAAUGAUCUGACACGUGAUCUACCAGCCGAUGUUCAUGGGAAGGUUGAAAUGAGAACGCAUAUGGAUGGAAUGAAACCUUUUACAGGAAAAAAGGUUCAUGUCAGUGAUCUGGAGAAAGUUCUGGGAAGCAUGGGGAUCGAGCUCACAGCUGAGGAGCUUAAAAAGCUGCAGGAAACUCUGCCAAUUGAUGCUGCUGGAAACGUAUUUCAGAAUGCAAUGCUGGAUGGGGUGAAAUCCACUCAGGCAGGCAAAGUUAAGGUGAAUAACCUGGACACUGUCCUGGAAAACUUGGGAAUCAAGCUCACACAAAAGGAACACGAAGAUGUGACAGAAAAUCUACCACUUACCGCUAAUGGGAAGGUUGAGCUCAGCACAUUGAUGGAUGCAGUGGCCACUGUUACAGGAGGAGAAGUUAAUGUCAGUGAUAUUCAAAGUAUUCUGGAGAAAAUGGGGGUAGAGCUCACAGAUAAGGAGUGCUCAAAACUAAAGAAAUGUCUGCCAGUCAAUGCUGUUGGAAAGGUGUACCAAAAUAGGUUGAUGGAUGGUGUAAAAACCCUUAAAGGAGGGAUUGUUGAUGUUGCUAACCUAGACACUGCUUUGCAAAACAUGGGAAUGAAUCUCGCAGGAAUGGAAAAUAGCGAUUUGAUAAAGCACCUACCUGUUGAUGAUAAUGGGAAGGUUGAAGUGAAAAAGUUAAUGGAUGCAUUGAAAAUGUUUUCUGGAAAAAAGAUUGAUGCCAACGAUCUGCUAAAGGUCCUGGGAGCCAUGGGGAUCGAGCUCCCUGAAAAGGAACUAGUGAGGCUGAGACAGACCGUGCCUAUCGACGCUGCUGGAAAGGUGUAUAAGAACAGAUUGUUGGAUGGUGUGAAGUCUGUAAAAGGAGGAAUGGUUAAAGCCAAUAACCUAGACAAUGUUCUGGAAAAUCUGGGAAUUGAACUCACAGAAAAGGAACGUGAAGCUCUGGCAGAAAAUCUGCCACUUAGUGCUAAUGGGAAGACUGAGCUCAAAAAAUUGAUGGAAGCAGUGGAAACUAUUAUAGGGGGAGAGGUUGAUGUCAGUGAUGUAGGAGAUGUUCUGGAAAACAUGGGAGUAACUGUCACAGCUAAGGAAUGUGUAGAGCUCCUAAAAAACCUGCCAGUUAAUGCUAAAGGAAAAGUCUACAAGAAUAGGUUACUGGAUGGUUUGAAGUCUCUUAAUGGAGGGAUUGUUAAUGCCAAUAAACUUGAUUCAGUUUUGAAAACCAUGGGAUGGAAACUCACAGAAGACGAAAUUAAGGAUCUCAAAUGCAACCUGCCCACUGAUGUAUAUGGGAGAACUACAAUGAAAAAGUUGUGUAGUGGAUUAAAAGCUUUUACAGGAAAAAAUAUUAAUGUGCAACAUCUGUCAGAUUUUGUGAGGAACAUGGGUAUUGAGCUAACAGAUAAAGAACAAAAGAGGCUGCUAAAGAAGCUUCCAGUUGAUCCUUCUGGGAAGAUCUAUCAAAAUAGAUUGUUGGAUGGUCUGAAGUCUUUCAAAGGAGGGAAGGUUGAAAGAAGUAAAGUCAAUACUGUUCUAGAAAACAUGGGAAUCGUGCUCACAGGAGAGGAGCUUCAAAGUCUAACAGAUAACCUACCAGUUAACGAUAAUGGGAAGGUUGAUCUUGAUAAAUUGAUGGAUGGAGUGAAAACUCUUACAGCUAAUGGAAAAGUUGAUCUGAAUAAAGUGAUGGAUGGCGUGAAAGCUGUCACAGGAGAAAAUGUUGAUGUCAAUAGCGUUAAAGCUGUUCUGGGAAACAUGGGGAUCGAGCUCAAAGAUGAUGACAAGAUCUUUCAAAACAGGUUGCUAGAAGUUGUGAUGUCUCUAAAAGAUGGGAAAGUCAAUGUCAACGACUUGAACGCAAUACUGGAUAAUAUGGGAAUCAAGCUCUCAGAUAAGGAACUUGAGGCUCUGACUCAAAAUCCCCCUGGUGAUGUUGAUAGGAGGACUUCUCCUAAAACACCGAUGAAGGAACUGCAAACUUUUACAGAUGAGAAGGUCGAUUCUAAUGACCUGAACAUUUUCCUGGGAAGCCUGGGGAUUGAGCUCACAGAUCAGGAAAAAGAGAAGCUACUGAAAACACUGCCAAUUGACGCUGCUGGAAAAGUAUAUCACAACAGGUUGCUAAAGGGUGUGAAAUCUCUCAAUGGGGGAAAGGUUCAUGUAAAUAACCUGGACAACACCCUUAAAAAAUUGGGACUUGAGCUCACGGAAGAGGAACUUGCAAAGCUGUCAAAAAAUCUACAAGUUGAUGCUAAUGGAAUGGUUGGUCUGAAAGAGGUGAUGGAUGGAGUAAAAGCUACUACAGGAGGGGAGGUUGAUGUCAAAGAUGUGAAAGCUAUCCUGAAAAACAUGGGAAUAGAGUUCACAGAUAAGGGACGUUUGAAGCUGCUGAAAAAUCUGCCUUUCAAUGAUGAUAACAAGGUCUUUAAGAACAGGUUGCUAGAUGGUGUGAAGUCCCUUAAAGGUGGGAAGGUCAAUAUGAACAACCUGGGCACUGUUCUGAACAACCUGGGGAUAAAGCUUGCAGAUACGGAACUUAAAGAUCUGGCUGAAAACAUGCAUGUUGGUGUUGAUGAGAAAAUUCCUCUAGAAACACUGAUGGAAAACAUCACAGAUUUUACAGGUGAGAAGAUUGAAUCUAGUGAGCUAAAAAAUGUUCUGGGAAAUCUCGGAAUUGAGCUCACAGAUGAGGAACUAGAGAAGCUGCUGAAAAUGCUGCCAAUUGAUGCCAAUGGAAAGUUAUAUCGUAAUAGACUACUGAAGGCUAUGAAGCCUCUCAAAAAUGGGAAGAUUAAAAAGAAUUACCUCCAUACUAGUUUGGGAAAUAUGGGAAUGGGGCUCACAGACGAGGAACUUGCUGGAUUGUCAGGAGACCUACAAGUUGAUGCAAACGGGAAUGUUGAUCUGCAUGACGUGAUGGAAGGAAUGAAAGCUAUUACAGGGAAAGUUGACAUCAAAAACCUGGAAACCGUUCUAGGUGACAUGGGAAUCAAACUCACAGACCAGGAACUUGAAGAUCUGAAAGAAAACCUGCCAGUCAGUGUUGAUAAUACAGUUGCUCUGAAAACUUUGAAGGAUGAAGUGAAAGCUUUUACAGGAGAAAAGGUUGAUUCCAGGGACCUACAAAAUACUCUAAAAGACAUGGGGCUUGAGCUUACAGACAAGGAGGCCAAGCAACUGAGGAAAACACUGCCCCUUGAUGCCCACGGAAAGGUGUUUCAAAGCAGGUUGCCGAAGGAUGUGAAGUAUAAUAAAAGAGGGAAGAUUGAUGUAAAUAACCUGGAUCCUGUUUUAGAAGCCAUGGAGGUCAAGCUGACAGAAAAGGAACUGAAUCUGUUAAAGGAUCUUCUGCGUGGCUCUAAGAAAGUUGAUCUGCAAAAACUGAUGGAGAAAGUAGAAGCUGUUGCAGGAGAGGAAAUUGAUGUCAAUGACAUGGAAACAGUUCUAGGAAACAUGGGAAUAGAACUCACAGAUAAAGAACUCUCACAACUGGUGAAAAAUCUGCCAGUUGAUAAUGGAAAGGUCUAUCGAAGAAGGUUGCUGGAUGGUAUAAAGUUUCUUAAAGGAGGGAAGAUUGAUUCCAGUAAAGUGGAUGAAGUUUUGGGAGCUAUGGGCAUGGACCUCACUGAAAAGGAGCUUAAAGACAUAAUGCAAAAUCUGCCAGUUAAUGUUAAAGGCAAGGUUGAUCUGGAAAAGCUGAUGAAUGAAGUGAAAUCUUUUUCGGGAGACAAAGUUGAUGCCAAUAGACUUCAGAGUGUUUUCGAAAACUUGGGGAUUAAGCUCACACCUAAUGAACAUUUGAACUUGCUGAAGACACUGCCACUUGAUGCUGAUGGAAAAGUGUAUAAGAAAAGGUUGAUGAAGGGCAUAAAGUCUCUCAAACGAGGCAGUGUUGAUGUCAAUAAGCUGGACACUCUUUUAGAAAACAUGGGAAUCAGCAUCACAGAAGGAGAAUUCAUGGAUCUGAUAGAAAGAUUGCCAGAUGAUGAUAAAGGGAAGGUCAAACUAGAUACAUUGAUUGAAGAAUUGAGUUCUGUUUUAGGAAAGCAAGUUGAUGUCAGUGAUGUAGACAGUGCUCUGAAAGACAUGAAAGUUGAGGUCACAGACAAGGAAUACUUUAAUUUAGUAAAAACUCUACCAGUUGAUGCUGAAGGAAAGGUGUAUCAAAAAAAGCUGCUGGAUGGUGUGAAGGCUCUUCAGAGAGGAAAGGUGGCUAUGAAUAACCUCGUCCCAUUUCUGGAAAAUAUGGGGAUUAAGCUGUCACACGAAGAACUUGAAGAUUUUUCACAAAACCUACCAGUUGAUGGUGGUGGGAAGGUUGAUCUGAAAAAUGUGACAAUGAAAAUGAAAGAGUUUACAGGAGAAAAGAUUGAUGCCACAGAUCUGAAAAACAUUCUUGGAGACAUGGGGAUAGAAGUCAACGAUAAGGAAUGUCUGGAACGACAAAAGUUACUACCCGCUGAUGAUGACAACAGAGUUUUUCAGAAUAGAUCGCUGUCAGCUUUGAAGUCUUUCAAAGGAGGAAAGAUUGAUGCUAAUAACCUGAACACAGUUCUGAGGAACAUGGGGAUCAAGCUCAAAAAUAAGGAAUUUAAAAAUGUGAUACAAAAUCAACCUGUUGACGCUGAUGGAAAUGUUUCUCUGAAAAAAGUGAUGAGUGAUGUGAAAGCAGUUACAGGCAAGUUACAAGUUAUCAUAAAGAUUAAAAUUCUAAUUCUUUAAUGACAUUUUCCUGUUUUCAGUGAACACAUAAUCCAUAAGUAUAGUACUCAUUUCCAUGA